AUGAAAAUCAGCAAAGCUAGUGCCGGGCAGCGGCCAAUGAACCGCGUUUGGUGUUGCACAUGGGGCCUCAUUAAGCGAGAGCAACAACAGCUGGAGCAUGGAUCGGAGGAUGAUGAGUGCCUGCCAGCCAAGUCUAAGCCUAAAGAAUUUGUCAUCACCGGUGGCUCCGACUCGGAGCUAAAGAUUGUACACAUUUCACCCAACGAAGAGAACGUUUUUCCUUACGAAUAUCGUCAUGAGCUGCCCGGUUUGGGCAUUCACAAUGUGGCGCUCAGUCCAGACAGCAGCUGCAUUGCAGCAGUUGGCCUGGAUGGCAAUCUAUCACUAAUCGAUAUAGCGGCCGGAGUGCGCCUACCCAAUGUCACCCACAGUCAGGUCAGUAACUAUUGGUCAACAGCCUUUGGCGGUAGCAAUGAUUGCGUUUAUGCUGCCACCGGCAACGGAAUCAUCCACAAAUUUGACGCAGAGAUCGGUAAACUGCAGCAUGCCUUUGAUACAAUGCACAGUGAAAACAUUCUGGGAUUGGCCGUCAGCCGGGAUCUAACCCUAGUGGCUUCCACCGACUUUGCUGGCCAUUUUACGCUCUUCGACGGCAACACAGGCCAAAUAGUGCGCCGCCGCAAUUACAAGCAGCCCAUGCGACGUGUGGUAAUUGAUGCCUGUCGGCGUUUGGCGAUUGCCGCCUGCGAUGACAAGAGCGUUAAGCUCAUUGAUUUACCAAGUGGCUGGCUGCGCGACAAUCUCUUCGGGCAUGAUGCGCAUGUGAUGUCCGUGGAUGCUGCACCGGAUGGCCAACGCUUUGUCAGCGGUGCGAGCGAUGGCUCCAUUAAGGUGUGGGAUCUGCGCACCACAAAGAGCUCAUUGGCCUUUCUCUGCGGCUCGAACGCAAACCUGUGGGAUGUGGCCUUCAAUAGGUUGAACAACAAGAUUAGUUUUGUAGGCGAUGGCAAGGGCCUGAACAUUUACUAUUGCCAGGGAAGCAGAGAAAUGAUGCUAGUAUAA